AUGGAGGAUGACAUAGCAUUGGACAAUAGAGACUUAGAGAAAGGGUUGAUAUCAGCAACAGGAAGCCAAAACUCUCCAUCUGAACCGUCUCCCGCGCCAUCACCAUCCGCAGCAACUCCUCCAGCUCUGGUUUUAUCGAAUUCUGGGAAGCGAAUUGAUCAAGCUGGGAGAAAGAAAUAUGUGAAAAAGGUUACUGGCAGGCACAAUGACACGGAGCUACAUUUAGCGGCUCAAAGGGGUGAUCUUGUGGCUGUGAAGGCGAUACUUAAUAUUGAUUCUCAAAUGGUGGGGACUCUAAGUUCAACAGAUUUUGAUCGAGAGGUUGCAGAGAUCAGAGCCUCGGUUGUGAAUGAAGUAAAUGAGUUAGGAGAGACAGCAUUAUACACUGCAGCAGAGAGAGGGCAUUUUGAUGUGGUAAAUGAGCUACUGAAGUAUUCUAAUAAGGAAACACUUGUGAAGAAGAAUCAAUCUAUGUUUGAUCCUUUGCAUAUAGCUGCAAGAGAAGGCCACCAUGCAAUUGUUCAAGUGCUUUUAGACCAUGACCCUGAACUAAGCAAAACAAUUGGUCCUUCCAAUGCAACCCCUCUUAUAACUGCUGCUUCAAAAGGGCACAUGGAUGUAGUUAAUGAACUGCUGUCUAAGGAUUGUAGCUUGCUGGAAAUUUCCAGAUCUAAUGGAAAAAAUGCAUUGCAUUUAGCCUCUAGACAGGGGCAUGUGGACAUUGUCAAUGCAUUGCUUGAGAGAGAUCCACAAUUGGCUAGAAGAAAAGACAAGAAAGGACAGACUGCAUUGCAUAUGGCUGUGAAAGGGGUUAACUGUGAGGUGGUUAAAUUGCUCCUCGACGCUGAUGCAGCUAUUGUGAUGCUGCCAGACAAAUUUGGAAACACAGCAUUACAUGUAGCCACAAGGAAAAAGCGAGUAGAGAUAGUCAACGAGUUGUUAAGCCUUCCUGAUACCAAUGUCAAUGCACUGACAAGAGAUCACAAAACUGCUCUUGACAUUGCUGAAGAUCUUCCACUCUCCGAAGAAUCUUCACAAAUAAGGGAAUGCCUUUGUCGUUAUGGUGCCGUUAGAGCUAAUGAGUUGAACCAACCAAGGGACGAGCUACGGAAAACUGUAACUCAAAUCAAGAAUGAUGUCCACUUCCAGCUUGAGCAAACUAAGAGAACAAACAAAAACGUCCAUGGAAUUGCCAAAGAGCUUCGGAAACUCCAUCGAGAAGGCAUCAACAAUGCUACCAACUCAGUAACUAUAGUGGCGGUGCUAUUUGCAACAGUUGCCUUUGCAGCCAUUUUCACUGUGCCCGGUGGGGAUGACAACAAUGGGAUGGCCGUCGUCGUGAAAAGUAUUUCCUUUAAGAUCUUCUUCAUAUUCAAUGCUAUUGCACUUUUUACGUCCCUUGCAGUUGUGGUCGUUCAAAUUACAUUGGUUAGAGGCGAGACGAAGGCUGAAAGACGUGUAGUAGAAAUUAUUAACAAACUGAUGUGGUUGGCUUCUGUGUGUACUUCAGUGGCAUUCAUGGCAUCUUCUUAUAUAGUGGUUGGGCGCACAUACCAGUGGGCUGCAAUAGUGAUUACAGUUGUUGGUGGAGUUAUAAUGGGUGGGGUUCUUGGGACCAUGACUUACUAUGUGGUGAAGUCGAAGAGGAUACGAUCAAUGAGGAAGCAGGCUCGAAGUGGCUCGAACUCCUGGCGUCACUCCGAGUUUUCUAAUUCGGAUGCCGAUCGGAUUUAUGCCCUCUGA